GAGCAAAAUGGGUGCAUCUGGAAAAUGGGUAAAAGCAUUAAUCGGUCUUAAGAAGAGCCCAGACAACAAGGAUGAACAAAAGGGUGUGAAGAGCAAGAGGUGGAGGUUAUGGAAGAGUUCUUGUUCAAGUGAAAUCAGAGGAAACCAAUCUCAUUCAUUCAACGCCGCAGUGGCCACUGUGGUCAGAGCUGCACCUAAGGAUUUCAAACUCGUCAAGCAAGAAUGGGCUGCUACCAGAAUCCAAACCGCUUUUCGCGCCUUCUUGGCAAGAAGGGCAUUGAGGGCGUUGAAGGGAGUGGUGAGGCUUCAAGCUCUUGUACGAGGAAGACUAGUGAGGAAACAAGCUGCAGUGACAUUGAGGUGCAUGCAGGCCUUGGUUGGUGUUCAAGCACGAGUAAGAGCUCGUCGUGUUCGAAUGUCCUUAGAAGGCCAAGCUGUGCAAAACAUGCUCCAUCAACGCCGCACCAAUGCUGAUCUCUUGAAAGAAGCCGAGGAAGGGUGGUGUGAUAGCAAAGGAACAUUGGCAGAUGUUAAGACAAAAUUACAAAUGAGGCAAGAAGGGGCUUUCAAGAGAGAGAGAGCGCUUGCCUACUCUCUAGCCCAUAAGCAAUGGAGAUCAACCCCCAUUUCAAAUUCAAGAGCAAAUGCCUCAUUUUCCUCUCUCAACAACCACCAAAUAGACAAAGCUAACUGGGGAUGGAGUUGGUUGGAACGUUGGAUGGCAGCUAAGCCAUGGGAGAGUAGAUUAAUGGAGCAAACAACCAAUGUUGAUACCUCAGAUAAGACCACUCCACCACCUCCAAAGAAAUGUGUGAACUCCUCAAAUUCAAAAACAUCAGAACCAUUCUCAGUCAAAGUUAGAAAGAACAAUGUCACCACAAGGAUUUCUGCUAGACCUUCCCAUGUUGGCCAAGCCACUAGAUCAUCCUCAAGUCCAAGUUCUGAUUUUCAGUAUGAUGAGAGUUCUGUUUCAUCUUCAAUUUGCACAUCUACAACGCCAAUAUCUGGGAAUGUUGCAUUGGCUUAUGAUAGGGUAGAGGACGGUAAUAACACUAGGCCUAGUUACAUGAACCUGACUGAGUCAACCAAGGCAAAGCAAAGAAUGAAUAAUCAUGAAUAUAAUAGAGCUCAGAGGCAGAAAUCCAUGGAUGAGUUUCAGUUUCUCAAAAGGACAGCAAUUUUAUCUAAUGGGGAUUCCAAAAGCAUUGCUGAUUAUGACCCUUCAAUCAACUUUUCUAGGCCUCUUUACUUACCAAACUACUUGGAUAAGAGGCCAAGAUGA